CGCUGCCCAGAGCCUGCCAGCAGCGCGCCCUCGGCGGCUCCGGUCCCAACCGCGCCCGCCGCCUUGCUUCCUCCGCCUCGGCCCCGUCCCGACUCUGGGGCUCGCCCGGCCUCUCGGAGGUCCCCACCCGCCCCGGCUUCCCACUGCGCCGCCCGGCUUCAGCCCCGCAGCUCGCUCGCUCGACCGCCCGGGGGAAGGUAGCAAGCAAGCGGGCGAGCGCGCCUUCGCCUCAGCCCCGCGCCCCAGCCCCGCGCGGCGACGAAGGACCGGGAAGAUGAACGGCGGAGGCAAAGCCGAGAAGGAGAACACCCCGAGCGAGGCCAACCUUCAGGAGGAGGAGGUCCGGACCCUAUUUGUCAGUGGUCUGCCCUUGGACAUCAAACCCCGGGAGCUCUACCUGCUCUUCAGACCAUUCAAGGGCUAUGAGGGUUCUCUUAUAAAACUCACAUCUAAACAGCCUGUAGGUUUUGUCAGCUUCGACAGUCGCUCAGAAGCAGAAGCUGCAAAGAACGCUUUGAACGGCAUCCGCUUCGAUCCUGAAAUCCCGCAAACACUACGACUAGAGUUUGCUAAGGCAAACACGAAGAUGGCCAAGAACAAACUCGUAGGGACUCCGAACCCCAGUACUCCAUUGCCCAACACUGUACCUCAGUUCAUUGCCAGAGAGCCAUAUGAGCUCACAGUGCCUGCACUUUACCCCAGUAGCCCUGAAGUGUGGGCCCCGUACCCUCUGUACCCGGCGGAGUUAGCGCCUGCUCUGCCUCCUCCUGCUGCUGCUUUCACCUAUCCCGCCUCACUGCAUGCCCAGUGUUUCUCUCCAGAGGCAAAGCCCAACACACCUGUCUUUUGUCCACUUCUCCAGCAAAUUAGAUUUGUCUCUGGGAAUGUGUUUGUUACAUAUCAGCCUACUGCAGACCAGCAGAGGGAGCUCCCAUGUUGAAUUUGUUAGCAGAACCCCCCCCCCGCCCCUUAUUUUGCAAAAGAAAAGACCUAUUUCUUGAUGAUAUUUGAGAGAUUUCAAUAAAAAUUUUAAUCAGAGCAAAAAAAAAUGAUCUCAAGUAGACUACAGAGUUUGUGUUUUCAUGGAUGGCGCUGCGGUUUUGGAGCCAAGUUAACCUCUGGCUGAGGUUUGUGAGAAACUGGCCCGUAGAAGCUAGGUUGCGUGUUCCAUGGGAGCAGACCCCAAAAGAGCACCCCAGAAGACUGCGCCCAGCGCCAGGCCUUCACCGAUGCCGCUUCCAUCCUCUUGAGCUCCGAAACCAUCCCGAGCUUCAUGCCAGAAGAUCCUCGUGCCUACAGGUCAUCGGCCACCAGAAGUUCUUGCUUCAGCACCAACAAGGCUGCCGUGUCUAGCUAGUGGACACAAGCUCCUGUAAUCCCCAGCACUUAGGAGGCAGAGUCCUAGCCAGCCUGGGCUUUAGUGAGAUAUUCUCUCCACUCCCACCCUCUCCAAACUGGAUAAAGUAACAACAGCACAGCCAGUUUCCAACAUUAGUGUUUUUACAUGGCCAUUGCUUUGCCCCCCGGGUCUCUGAUGUCCAUUCUGUGCAUCAUCGGCUAGAAGGGGUGUGUUUCGUCUUCCCUUUCUGGAAAGGUAAAGGCCUCACACAGACCCUCCCGCCACCACUGUUCACAUCCUUGCCGUUGGGUCUGACUUCAUCUUGCUGUGGCAGAAAAUGAAACCCGCUGGUCUCACUACAGGGCAGAAGUGGAGCCCCUGUGCCCCCCAGAGGCAGCCCCAGAGUUCUCGGGGAAAUGGCUAAGAAUGCCCUGCGUGCUGCUACUUCAGGGGACUCUUAUUCCUGUGCCACCGUGUUCUCCAACUCAUUGCUGCUGCCAGUCGCUCGCUGCAGUGAAGCCUCACCCGUGGACAGGGACAGGCACUUUGAAAAUUAGAACAGACUUCCUGGGGCGUGCCCCUGGAGAUAGCCAGCCCUGUGACAUGCUGGGAAAAUUCAGAACUUGUCUAUGGGAAAAGAGCCACAGGCAAACACAGUAGAGAUCACAAAGGGACAGAUGGCCCCAGAGGCAGUGUGGGCAUUGCAAGUUUGUGUCCAUUGUCAGUAUAGCUGGGCGUUUACUCAGCGGGGUGCAGCUUUUUUAUUUUUCCAAUUUUUAUGUGCAUGCAUGUGGGUGUGCACGCACGUGGAGGUGUGAGGCUGAUGAAGGAGCUCAUUCUCAAUUGGCCUGCAAUCUUAAUUUCUGAUGUCUCCAAGCUUCAGGAACAUGAGGCUAAGAAUUCUUAGUUUAUAAAGCUUUAAUAAUGUCUGGUACAUCAUAGUGGCUUAGUAAAUGUUGGCUGUUUGGGUUUUGUGUGUGUGUGUGUGUGUGUGUUGCUUUUUAGUUUUUCUUCAGCCUUUUAUUUUAUUUUAUUUUUUGCAGAGAUAGGACGGGAUAGAACAUUCUAGGCGAGCAUUUCACCACUGAGUUGUUUCAGCCCCCUUACCCCCCCCCCCACCACCACCACCAAAUUUAGACUCUACUGGGGCCAUUUCAAGGAAUAUUUGAACUUGAACUUUCUGCAGGAAGGAAACCUAGGACUCAGCCCAAGCUGCCCGCAAGGCAGUAGAGGUUUGAAACCUCCUUUCUGGCAUGAUGGGAGACAUCCCUCCUUUCUGGCUGUCUGCAGAGGCUGGAUGACAGACGGGAGAGACAGGCGGUAGAUGUCGCCUGUGACAGCUCCUCCCAGCAGUGUGGUCCUCAGCGCCACCUCUUAGACCACUUCUCUUCCACAGCCAAGGCAGGACACACCCACUGUAGAAGUCCUCUCCUGAAAGGGGGCACCAGGACGCUGGAAAUCCAGAGAGCAGCAUGGUGCUUGUUGAUCCACACGGCUCCCCGCUUCUGUCGGUUAAGCUGCUAAAGAGGAAAGAGAAAGGCACCUGGGUUCUGGGACCUCCCCACGCUCCUCACCUUCUGGUUCUUGACUCCAAGGUCACCUCUGGCACAUUGGAAAGCUAGACUUUAGAGCUGUGACCGGAGCCCAGGGAUCCUGUUCCUAGCUAAGACACCUUCUCUUCUUGUGACCCUUUCACUGUCUCAGGGUUUGAGCCCCCAUCCCCAUCUCCCCCCCCCC